GAAUGAGUGUCGAAGAACCUUCAUCUACACAGAAUUCAGUCCCCAUGGACACAGUCGAGGAACCAGUAGCCGAGGCUGCCCCAACUGUUAAUGGUGAGGCUGACUCAACCAACUCCAAUUCUAACCCGGAUAUCAGUCUAAGAGCGAAGCAGCUGCUGGAAGGAACUCAUGGGGACAACAUCGAAGAGAUGCUAAACAGUACAAUAGCAAUAGUAGACUCAGUGCGGUCCGCAGCUGUGCCAUCUUAUGUUAUUGAAGCUAUUCAUUACAUGACAGAUUUUGUUACACAGAAGAACUGCCCUGUUAGAGGUAUAUCGAUAGUAGAGUCACUACUGUCUAAAUGUCAUGUGCCAGGAGUUCUAACCAGUAUUCACUCUGACAUGACACAGCUUUGUUUAGCUGCUAAGAUACUCUCUCCCGCUCUUAAGUUUCUGGAUUGCGAUGUCACCAGUAUUUCCUCUGAUGAGGUAAUGGAUGUCCGGUAUGUACUACAAUACUACUACUACGGAGGUUCCCUCUACGCAGCCCUCCGCAACUUCUCUCGAGCUCUCCACUUCUUUGAGAUCUGCCUCAGUGUACCGAGUCAGCAGACUACAUCAGCCAUACAGGUUGUGGCUUACCAGAAGCUGACUCUGAUAAGCAUCCUGUCCGGACGUCGUCUCAGUGUGAGACUGCCCUCAGUUCACAGCAGCAUCCCUCACCUGUGUCGACCCUACGGCAACUUGUUGCAGAUCGCGGCUGAGGAGGACUCGGAGAAGUUCGCAGCAACUAUCGCUCAGAUGACUCCCUUCUUGGAGAAACACAGCAACCUGGGGCUGGCUAAACAGGCGCUGGAAUACAUUCGCCAGAAGAACGUGAAGAAGUUCCAGUCCACCUUUGUGUCCCUUAAACUGAGCUCCCUGGCAAACCACCUCAAGUUGUCCGUACAGGAAGUGGAGAACCGACUCCGGAGAAUGAUUAUGUCUGGUGACCUGUCCGCGCAGAUUUGUAAAAAAGAAGGGAUGGUUUGGUUCAAUAAACAUUCUGAAGAGUUCGAUAACGAAGCUGCAAUUGAGAAACUGAAGAAUUCUCUAGACACCUGCAUGUCAUCCUUUCAGAAGGCAAAGGAACUGAAUACUGGUUUCUCUCUUGAUCCUAAACUGUUGGCGAAAUGCGCUGGUGACUGAAUCUAAUUUAUAUCGCAGGAACUGAACGCUGCUAUCUCACUCGAUCCUAAACUUUUGGCGAAAGUAUCAGAAUCAGAAUCAAGGAAGGAUACCCUGCCGACCAGCUCGAGUUGGGAUUUCCCCGCUCAUGGAAAAUCUAAAAAACUUCUUUCUUUCUUGGAAUGAAUUUGAUGAUAAGCUUCGUUCUGAGGAGCUGUAUAAUUUGGAAAGUUGGACUAAUGUUCUGAGUUUAAGAACUGUUGAAAACGGGAAACAGAAAGAUGUCAUUAUUGCCUUUGUCAAGGAAGUUGCAACAAAGAAAUGACUAGUGCAGUGUACAUAUUAUUUGAGCUAAAGUGGGACUGUGGGAACAACCUGUGGUAUAGGGAACAAACUGUGGGAACAAACUGUGGGAACAAACUGCGGGAACAACCUGUGGACUGAUUGGCUUUCGGGCUACUUCGGGACGAUGGUCAAAGUUUUAAAUAUGUUGUACGAUCGUAGUAUUAAUAUUUGUUCGCUCUUUAUAAUGAAUUAUAUAAUUUGAUAGUUGGGGACGAAAUGAGAGUCUCCACUCAGGGUUCAAAACAAAUAGUUGUCGAGGUUUCGUCACACGUCUUUGUCAUGGACGAGACUUAACAAUAACUUUUUACAUAGCUGCAAUUUAUUUUAACAUUGUUAAUUUAUUUUGACAUUGUUAAUUGUUAAUUUAUUUUAACAUUCUUAACUGUACCUAUGUAAGACGUUAUGUAACGUCUCGUCCAUGACAAAGACGUAUGACGAAACCUUGACAACUGUUCAUCAUAAACACUGAGUGGAGACUCUCACUUCGUCCCCAACUAUCAAAUUUCUGUAGAAUCGAUUGUAUUACUACUUAGGAAGCAUCUUCCAGUCUAGUCUCACAGGUAGAUGUGAAUAUAUAAAUAUCACACUAUUUUAGGUUGCUGCAAUGCCGGGCUGUUGGGAAUUGUCGUGUUGAGUUAUCACAUUUAUCUGUUAUUUAACUUUACUUUAUGAUGGUUUGCAAUGCACUAAAAUAGCUCCGGGUCUAUUAAACUUAAAGGGAAGAUAACUUGGUGGGAUUCAUUUGUUACAUUGAUUGUUUUUAUUUUAUUUCAUUGGUACAAAAUAUUUGUAAAUAUAAAGUUUGUCUUCACGGUUAUUAAUUCA